GAGCAAGUACACACUGGCGCACACGCCGCCAACCGCCACCACAUGGGAUAUCAUCACUCUUGCGCAUCCUGAGUAAUUACAGUGCAGCAAUCAUUAUGAGGGUAAUACUUUUCUUGGGCAUCAUAGCGAUAGCAACAUCGGCGCCACAGCCGCAGCAAAAGUCUGAGAAAGUCAUAGAGAUCAUCAAGCAGGAUUUUGAUCAGCAGGUCGAUGGGUCUUACAGAUACAGCUUCGAGACAGAAAACGGUAUAAAAGCUGAGGAGACUGGAACGCUGAAAAAGGCUAGUGGACCUGAUGCGACUGACGUCAUCGUAGCACAGGGAGGGUUCAGUUACACCGCACCUGACGGCACUGUGAUCAACCUUAACUAUAUUGCUGAUGAUGAAAAUGGUUUCAGACCUGAGGGUGCUCAUCUGCCGACUCCACCUCCAAUACCACCUGCGAUUCAAAAAGCUUUGGACUUUCUAGCAACACUGCCGCCACAAAGAAAUAAGUAGAACAAUAUAUCGUGAAAACACUCCAACGGAUAUUCUGAUGAAUUACGACCACUAUUGUAUUCCUUGAAUGACGGCAGCUAAGUACACCGUUGGUAAUAGCUUUGGUAUAAAUUGGUUGAUUUGUAUUAAAAUUAUUUCUAGUAUUUAAAUUAUCAGCCCAAAGAGGCUUGGUUACCAACAGCUGUACUUACAUAUAUUUUAGAAUAAAGCAAAAAAAAAACAUAUAAAAAUGAAUGUACUCGCAAACCGACUGAUCUGUGAUAAUGA